AUGGGCUCCUUCCAGAUCUAUUUGCGAUGCGACAGCGUGGAUGUAUGGGAGAACAGCGGUCUCCUGCGAUAUGGACGCGUGGUGGACAUAGCGGAUAAUGGGCUCUUUAUCGACUUUCUCUGCCCCGAUCGCCGGUGCGAAUUGACGCCCUUUGACCGCAUCUUCAAGAUGUUCUCGCCGGCCUGUGCGACGGACUUGGAUCUGGGUAAAGUAGGUGAGCGCUGCCCGGUGGAGGUGCUGCUGCGUCCCAACCCCCGUUCUCCCUGGACUUGGACCCCUGCCGAAUUGUGUCUCAAACUGCGCAAAUCCUAUUGGCCUGGCGAUGUGGGCGUGGUGCAGCUGCUGAACGCGGAGGGCGUGGCCGACGGUCCCCUGCACGUGGUCCCGCCCCAACGGCUCCGCCAACCACGCUGCAACCUAGCCAGUGCGAGCGGGCCCAGGGAUAGGGCAGAGUUGCGUAAAUAUUACGGGAAUAAGUUCGCUUCCUGCGUCGUCCGCCCGGGGGAUUUUUUUAGGGGAAGCGUGCACUUGACGGCUCAGCUGGCAGGCUUGUCGGAGGAAAAACAGCGACGCUUGCUAAAUGACUGGCUGGAGGCCACCUUUUCGGACCAAUAUUGUGGUUACCCCUUUCGGUUUGCGCGGCUUAUGGAUGACGGUCGCACCUGGACGUACAUUGAACGCACGCUUAAUCAAAAGACUCGCUUUUUUCGAUUUGCUAACCGUUUAACGACGGACCUUCCUUGGAUGAUUUAUAAAGCAUUGCGCCUAGACACGGACACUCGAUUGGCGGUGUCGAAUGACUCAGAUGACGAUAUCCUUCGGCUGCCGGUGGAAGUGUUGCUUGGCGUCUUUUCUCACCUGGACACAGUUCAACAGACACGAAUGCGCUCUGUAUGCAGCACCUGGGCGGCUAUCCUGGAGUCGGCUGUGUUGCUCUCCCUCAUUGUCAUUCCCCGCCAGAGCGACGACGCUGCGGACUAUUCCCUCACUGCCACCCUGGCCAACUGUCUGAACUCGUCCACGCAGCGCAUUAUUAUCAUUGGAGGCGAUGAGGGCAGAGUGAUUAAGACAGGAGAUGUUAUCGGCCUCUUAUCGUCCCGCUGCGGAAGGCUUCGUUUGAGGGCCAUCUGUUUCGCCCGUCUAGCCUGCAGGUUGACACUGGAUCCGUGUCAAGGCAGUAAAAGGAAACCCACUGACGACGGUCUGUCGUGCUUUGCUGCCAUGUGUAGCCGGCUGCCUUGCGGAGAUGUCGUGUUCGUCCAGAGCCACUUCAUUUUGACGAACAGAGCCAUAUGCAAGUAUGCCUUGGGAUGGCCGGGUGACCCCGGAAGUAAAUUUAAACGCUUCUGGGACAUGACAAUUUCCACGUACAUGGCAUUGGCUCGCUUGGACCGUGAGAGCGGUGACGAUGCCGCAGUGGCCUUGUGGAGUCUCGUGGAAACUCACAUUUCAUGCUCGGUAAGCAGCGAAGACCGGCAGACAGCGUUGAAGUGGUUAGCGAAGAUCAGAACGGAUUGCCAGCAGUUGGAGAACGAGAAUAGCCAGAUGAUUGACUUGAUGGAUCUGCUUAGCAAGACAUUGUGCGCGGUGCAGUCGGCCCGUUGCGGUUGCCUCGCUUAUCCCUGCUGCCGCGAUUCGGUGUGGGAUCCGCAGCUGAACAACAUUGCACCCGUCGUUAUGUGUCUGCUGGUGCAGUUCGUGAACCGUUUCAAUAAUAUUAUGAAAAGGUCUGGGUCGAACGGUAAUAAUUUUUUGGACGGUUUUGGAAUGGAAGAACAGUAAUAAAUUUUUCUGUGUUUUAUAAAAUGGAGAAUUGACAACUUGAUGGCUUCGGCUUUUUGAAUUUUUCAUACUUCUGUUGUUAGCUGUGCUGCAUUUUUACGAGUUUUCUGCGCUACUCGUUGACUCGUAUGAUUUUUUAUGUUUGUUAGUUGUUACUCAUGUGUCACGCGGCGCACGUUUCUCAGUCCGCUCGUGUUUUGUGCAAGGCGGUUUUCAAUAAUGCCAGUGAUGUUUGGUUAAUAAUUAGUUUGAUCCUGAAUUAAAUAGUACCGAAUCUACCGAUAAGGUUAAUUAAAUCAAACGAUGUCCUCGGGAAAAGCGAAAAAUUUUCGAAAAUGAAACAUCUCGAU